AUGGAAGUUACAUUGCGCAAGGCACAGGGUCUGCUCAACAAACUGACAAUUGAAAACUUUGAAAAGUUGUCUGAAAAGAUCCUAAAUAUUGGAUUUGACAAUCAGGAAAUAAUUGAUGCAAUUGUUUCACUUAUAUAUGAAAAAGCGCUGGAUCAAUCUACAUUUGCACCCAUGUAUGCCAAAUUGUGCGACUUUUUGUUAAAUCGUCUUCCUAGUGUGCAAUUAUGGAUGAACAAGGCACAUAAAUUUAACGAGUUCCGUCGUGGAAUUGUGAAAUCAUGCCAACAAGAGUUUGAGUCUCAACAAAAAUGGGCAAUUACUGAUCAGUCACUGCAAGCAGAGCGAGCAGAGAAGCGUCGAAAUAUUGAAAAUCUAACUUCUGAAGAGCGUCAACGCAUUGCAGAUGAAGACUACGAGAUUGCCAAAAUCAAACGUCGGUCACUUGGAAAUAUCAAGUUUAUUGGUGAGUUGUACAUGACUCCCAACAAAGUCAUAGCCAUUAACAUCAUUCGACGGUGCAUCGAGGGACUCAUGUGGCCCAGUAAAGGCGAGCCUGAUGAAGAAGAGCUCGAGUCACUUUGCAAGCUUAUAACCACUGUCGGCAAGGCACUCGAGUACGAGAGCAGCACCGUGUCCAAAAAUGAUUCUACAUCUGUCAAGAGUAUGAAUGAGUAUAUGCAAGGUUUGAAGCAGAUCUCUAAACGACAAGGACUUUCGUCUCGAGUGGAGUUUAUGAUUUUGGACGUGAUUGAUCUG